CUCGACAAGUGGCUUAGUCGAUGGCCUGCUCUCGUCAACAACGCGAAGCGGUACAAGAUCGAGAACCUAAGCGAGUCGCAGAUAUGUGAAGCCUUCGUUGAAGCCUCUCGUGACCUCAACCCUCCAUUCUAUAACUACAUGAAGUCCAAAGAAGCACAAGUCGAAAGUGACACAUCUCUUAUUAAAGAGAUGGCAAGAGCAAUGGAGACGAUCUCUGGGGCAUUCAUCACUGCUCUCAAUGAGAUCAAUCCAAACCAUGCCAGCAACGGCUCUGUGUCAAUUGAUAACCUAAGUGCCACAGAUUCGGAUGUGACUGAAGACGAUGCCGAUAUCACAAUCGUACAGAGGGCGCAGAACAGGAUCAACAACACUCUUCGGUCCUUCCAUAGGCUGAAUCCAACUCUUUCUGAUAAGAGAAUCACGAUAGGCUUCUGUAUCAAGCAGUUUAGGACCAUGGCACCGCCACGCGAAAAAACUACAAGAGGGCGAGCUGCACACGCUACCCUUCAAGGCAGAAAGCAAGAUCUUGAUUCAGGCUUAUCAGACGAUGAAGAUUCUCAGCCGAAGCGGAAGAGACAAAGAGUCGACUCCAAUCUAACAACAACCAAUUCCCAAAUUACCCUUCGCGAUUGCGUUUGUGGCCUAGCCCAUAAGUACGCAGACUGUCGGUAUCUCAAUCCA